AUGACUUAGAAUCUUGUUCUAAUCCUGGCCCUUUGUGCCUUUAGUACUAUUGCUAAUGCUAACCUAGCAGGCACAGCAGCUGCAGUUGACAUUGGAGUGGUCAACUAAGUCAAGAACUGGGCCAUGCCUACUGUCCUAAACAUUAUUAAUAACUAUGAUGUUGGAAAAAUUGAAUUCUCAGAAGGAUAAGUUGACAAUAUCAAGAUCAAUCUUGCCAUCCAAGAUCUUAACUCAAUUAAUGUUGGAUUCGUUGGUGCCAGCAACUCAAUCAGCUGCCACGCUCAAGACAUUUCUGGAGAGAUGAGUGGAAGCUAUAAAUUCAAGUUUUUAUUCCUCUCAACCAGCGGAAACUUCAAGGUUAGAAUUGAUGAUGGUGGUGCCACUAUUAACAUGUUGGUUCCUCUUCUCAGUCAAACCAUCAAUGGAAAGAAAAUUCCAGCUGUAGGAAUCAACAACUUCAACUUGAACAUUGACAGCUCAAAGAUUCACAUUGACUUGAGCGGAAGCAUCAUUGCCGACAUCGCUGAUGCCUUCGUUUCACUCUUCAAGAGCCUCAUCUUGGGAAAGAUCAAUGGAAUCAUCAAUGAUGACAUUCCACCCAUUAUCAAGGAUAAGAUCAAUGGUAUUGUUGCUGAUACUAAUGGUAUUGCUUCAUUCUACAAGGAACUUGCUCUUGACUUCACAUUUGUCACUGAUCCAAUCAUCACUGAUAACAACAUGGCUCUAUUCUUGAAUGCUACUAUCUACAAUUCAACCAGUGGAUACAAGAUUCCAGGUGAACAAGCAGAGGAUAUCCAGGUCCUACCUUCAGUUGCCAAUUCAGUUCAAAUGUCUCUUUCUCACUACACAGCUGACUCCUUCUUGAUGGCGAUUCAUGAAGAAAAUCUCCUAUAAUACACUGUUGAUGGAGUUAGUUUCCCAUCAAUAGCUGAGGAACUCACCACUACUUAUCUAGAUGGACUUCUUCCAGGCCUUGUUUAGAAAUAUGGAGAUAACAUUCCAGUUCAAAUUGCCCUUAUUGCUAAGACUGCUCCUAGAUCAUUAUUCCAAAAGGAUGCUCUUGGAGUUAUCAUUGACUUAGAUCUGACUUUUAUAGUGAAGAACGAAGUUGCAAUUGUAGUUACACUCUAUGAUUUCAUUUCAAGAGUCGAUCUUAAACUUACAGGUGCUAACCUUACCGCUCAACUUUUGUCCAUCAAGAUAGAUCAUGCUACAGCUACUGAUUCUAAGAUUGGAGAUUUCAAUGCUCAAGACUUCAAGGACUUCUUGAAUGUAAGCAGCAGAAUUGUAAUUCCAUUUAUCAACAACCUGCUCCUUGAGAAAGCUUUCACCCUUCCAUCAUCAUUCUUCGGUGUUGUGCAAGUCAACUCAGCUCAAUUCCAAAGUUUUGAUAAUUAUCUUGCUAUCAGCAUUGUUCCUCAAUUUAUUUGA